AAUAUCAUCUAUGUUACUUAGCCAAUCCUGUACUUUGAAUCAAAAACAUGACAAUCAGUUUUAGAGUGAUAGCCAAACUUGCUACGCCUAUCAUCGGCAACGUAAUUUGUUUAUCGCGAGCGCAAUUAAGUACAGUAAGAAUGACUUCGAAUCCGGAUUAUAAAGCUGCGACAUCCAUUCACGAAUUUACCGUCAAAAACAUUAAAGGUGAAGACGUGAAGCUGGAUGUCUACAAAGGACAUGUUUGUAUCAUUGUGAAUGUUGCUUCUCAGUGCGGCCUUACUGCGAACAAUUACAAACAAUUGAAUGAGCUCUAUGAACAAUACGGAGAGAGCAAAGGUCUCCGCAUUCUGGCUUUCCCUUGUAAUCAGUUUGCUGGUCAAGAGCCUGGCAAUCCAGAAGAGAUAGUUUGCUUUGCCUCUGAGCGUAAAGUCAAAUUUGAUUUGUUUGAGAAAGUUGAUGUCAAUGGAGAUAAUGCCAGUCCACUGUGGAAGUAUUUGAAGCAUAAGCAAGGAGGCACCCUUGGUAGCUUCAUCAAAUGGAACUUUACCAAGUUCAUCAUAAACAAGGAUGGAGUUCCAGUUGAACGCCACGGCCCCAAUACUGACCCGUUGGAUUUGGUCAAAUCACUUGAAAAAUAUUGGUGAAAAAUACUAGCACAGACUAAAGGAAAAUAGAUAUCCUUUUAUUAAAAAAAGUUUUGUUAUUGGUUUUAUGGCAAAUUGUAAUCUAAAAACAAAAUCAGUGUGAGUAUCAUUAAAAGGAUAUUUAUAAAAUAACGUUAUGUAAUUUUGUAUAAAUGUAGACACAUUCCUGGUGUAGCCAGAAUUUUUUGCAAUCUUAAAAUGGCGCAAUUUUAACUGUAUAAUGUUUACAAGCACAUAAAGUGCACUGCAUUUAAAUAUUCUUCUUGUUUUUAUAUCACCUGUUUUUCUGAAUACAUAAAUACAGAGCAACUUCUAUAGAAAUCAUAUUGAUUUUAAAGGAAAAGUCUUAUAUUAUUUGUUUAACAUAUGUUUAAUUAUACGUUAAACAAAUAAUAUGCACUUUUUAUUAGUAUAUUUUUAAGUACAAUAUUUUAAGUUUAUGAAAUAAAAAUAAAGAGAUGAUGUGUGAUGUGUGAAUGGCAUCUUAAAAUUUUUUCAGGAAAAGAUCACUGAGAUAUUGUUAUUAUUUCAUAAGUUUGUUAAAAAUAAAAUAUCCUUAUUCUUAAUGUUUCAAA